GGGUAGGUUGCGGGCAGGCGGCGCGUGUGGUGGAUUCGGAGCUCCCGGGACCUUUCCUCCUGCGGAGCCGGGGUCGCCCGCCUCGCUAGUUCCCGCGUUCCCCGCACCGCAAUUCCGCCGCCACCUGGACACUCGGAGGAGCGAGGGGGCCGAGCCCGCGCGUCUCCUGCAGCGGCGCUCUCCCCCGAGGGGGCUCUUCUCAGCGGCUGCUGCAGAGACAUGAGAGGCGGCGCCUGGCCUGGGCAACGAGAGACGGACUCCGGGCCGGCCAGUUAGGGGACUUAGCUGACGGCCGCCCGCGCCCUCCCGGGCCCGCUGCUCUGCCUGCGGUGGCGGCAUGUUCCCGCGGAGGCCGCCGGCCGGCCUGGCCGCCUGGCUAGCGGGGGCGCGGGGCGGGGGCCUGCUGGGCUUGCUGGCCAAUCAGUGCCGCUUCGUGACGGGCCUGCGUGUGCGGCGCACGCAGCAGAUCGCGCAGCUCUACGGCCGCCUCUACUCCGAGAGCUCGCGCUGCGUCCUACUCGGACGCCUCUGGCGCCGGCUGCGCGGCCGCCCGGGCCAUGCCUCUGCUUUGAUGGCGGCGCUCGCCGGCGUCUUCGUGUGGGACGAGGAGAGGAUCCAGGAGGAGGAGCUGCAGAGAUCCAUUAAUGAAAUGAAACGGUUGGAGGAAGUCUCAAAUAUAUUUCAGAGCUCAGGAGUCGAGCGCCACCCUCCAGAAUCAAAAUCCCAAACAGAAGGGAAUGAAGAGUUGAAGGACAAGGAACAGCCGUGGGAGAUGGUGAUGGAUAAGAAGCACUUCAAACUGUGGCGGCGCCCAAUUGAAGGCAGCCAUCUUUACCAGUACCGAGUUUUUGGAACCUACACAGAUGUGACACCCCGGCAGUUCUUCAAUGUUCAGCUGGACACAGAGUACAGGAAGAAGUGGGAUGCCCUAGUGAUCAAGCUGGAGGUGAUCGAGAGGGACGUGGUCAGUGGUUCUGAGGUUCUUCACUGGGUAACCCAUUUUCCUUACCCAAUGUACUCUCGGGAUUACGUGUAUGUUCGGCGAUACAGUGUGGAUCAGGAGAACAAUGUGAUGGUGUUGGUGUCACGUGCUGUGCAGCACCCCAGCGUGCCGGAGUCUCCAGAGUUCGUCAGGGUCAGAUCCUAUGAAUCCCAGAUGGUCAUCCGCCCCCACAAGUCAUUCGAUGAGAAUGGCUUUGACUACUUGCUGACAUACAGUGACAAUCCCCAGACUGUGUUUCCUCGCUACUGUGUUAGCUGGAUGGUUUCCAGCGGCAUGCCGGAUUUCCUGGAGAAGCUGCACACAGCCACUCUGAAAGCCAAGAACAUGGAAAUCAAAGUGAAGGACUAUAUCCCGGCAAAACCUCUGGAGAUGAGCAGUGAGGCCAAGGCCACCGCCCAGUCAUCGGAGCGGAAGAAUGAGGGCAGUUGUAGCCCUGCUAGGAUCGAGUAUGCCUAAAGGGCCUUAGGAGAAGACGGGACCGGUCCUUCCAGCCCUGUCUUUGUCCCUCCCUCUGCCACAGAAUGGGAAAAAGCCGUGGAGGCAUGUACGUAACCAUCAGUGCAAGAUCAUUCAAGGACUAGUGUCUGAUUUCCUUCCGAGCCCUGUGCUGCUCUUGAUCAGAGAGGAAGCGGGAUCCAUGGAGGCACUGCCGUGUUCUCAGGCUGACCAGUUUGAAAUUCAGUAUUUGACUGAGCUAAUCUGGAACAAGCCUCUCACCUCAGGUUGGAAGUGGACGACUCCGUUGGCUUCCCCUGAAUGGUUCCUUGCUGACAUUCCAGAUCCCACCAUGGGUUUUGCAGUGCUGGAAUUUCCUCCAGUUCUGAAGGUCACCUGGAAAGUUUGGGUGGCCAGUUAUUUCUUCAGGAGGGUCACUGGGAGUGCUCUUGGUAACAGUCUUGGUGUGAAUGGGUGUAAACAGCUCUUGGCCGUGUUAAGUGCCUUGUCCUCACCUUGCUUUUAUCUUUAGGAGCAUGAAGUUUGUACCAAGAAAUUCUCUCCCUGCAAAAUACUUCCCUUGGCUCACUCACCUGACCCCAGACAUUUUCAUGGGAACUGGCCAGCUCCAUGCUCGUGCGCUGUAGUCACCAAAUCCUUUCCUCUUCCCAGCCUUCGCUGGGAGCACUGGAGAUUAGUUUCUGUAUCAUCAGUGUUUUGACAGGGUCAGUAGAAAGGCUCAAACAUCACAUUUAAAUUUAUUUUAUUUUUUUUUAACUUUGUGUCAAAAAGGAGUUGGGGGUGUUUUCUCCAUAGUAACACAGUAUAGAAAACAGUUCUUUGGUUCAGGCAUUAUUUUCCUCACCUGAGGUUUGACUUGUCCUCCUCAGAAGGCAGAGGAGGGGGGCUGGGCCGCCCCCUUGGAGUGCUCAGCACUUAGACCAGCUGCUGUCUAGACAAGCAGAUGUAAUCUUGUCCCAGAUACUAAUAUGAUAGGGAUGUGGUGUAUGUGACCCUCUUGUUCCUCUAAAAAGUUUUUCCUCCUCUCUCGAGAGCUGAAAUGAAGGCAAACCAUACCAUUUAAUAAGGUCACAGCCACAUGGUAUCUGCUUGGUCUCGGUUUUGCCAAUGGUCCUGUCACAGUGUGUUGGGAGAAUAGGGAUCAAAUUUUUUAAAUCCUCCUCCCUUCUUUCUUUUCUGGAGUUCAAAUGGCUGAAUUUUUACCUUUUUUCCUGCUUGCUACCCUGUUGUGUUGGAAAGGGACUCUAAACCUGGAACUAACCUAAACCCCUCCUGACCUUCUUGUUGCCUGUCCAGUUUUGUGCCAAGGAAGUAACUGUCCCCGUUCAUGUCUCCUGAGUCACUGGCAGAGCAGAGAGGUCCUGGGUGGUCCCAGCAUCUUUGCGUUGAGGAUUUCUUUCCUUCCCCAGAGGAGCCAGGGAAGAGUCCCUGGGUUAUUAACGUCCGAACUUAGUGCCUGCCAGUGUGAGUGGGUGUGUGCGAGAGAGCGUACCUGCGUGUGUGUGCACAGGUGCUAAGCAGCUGUGGUUGCCCCAUAUUCUGAUUUAACAGCAGUUUGACUCUGUAGAGUUACUUAUGUCAUUGUAAUGAAUUCACUCCUAACUGUGACAUUUUUAUCAAAUGUGUGAAUAAAUACAUAAAGAUUGGUACAAAG